AUCUGUCUCGUUCCCGCUGUUCCGCGGGGCCAAACCCGACCCAGUGACCCGGAGACCGCGUCGAGAGCGGAGGCGGGAGUCCAGGCCUGGGCCCGGGGUCGGGGAGACCCGAAAUUCUAUGGGCGGCGAGCCCGAGACCCCCGUUCUGCGCUGCGCGAGCGCGGUCUUGGGGCCUGCAGGCCCGCGUCGCCUGCCUCUUUCCUCCGCUGCCCCUGCACCCCUCCGCCCCCAAACUGUGCCCAUCCCCACCUCUCCUGGCUCCCAUUUCCAGCCCCCUCCCCUCCAUUCUCCGGCCCGUCAUCUCUCUUAGCCUCAGUUUCUUCAUCUGUAAAAUGGGGUGAUAAGAGCUACAACCUCACGAGGAAUACUUUUUUAGGCCCUCUGCUGGGACAUUUGGGGAAAACCUAAGAGCUGACAAUUUCACAGGACUAUGAGAAUAACUCUAGUAAUUUAUGUACAUUUGAUCCUCCCAACUCUGUGAAGAAAGGAGAGAGCAAUGGAACUCGAGAGGAUCAUUCGAGAUACCCUAAUCAGCUUUGCCCAAACUCAUGUCCCAGAUGCUGAUCUCAGUGGUUUGGAUGAAGUUGUCUUCUCCUACAUAACUGGGGUCCUGGAGGACUUGGGUUCUCCAGGGGCAUCGGAUGAGAACUUUGACAUGGAAGCUUUUGCAGAGAUGAUGGAUGCCUACGUGCCUGGCUUUGCCAAGAUCCCUAGUGGGACAGUUUGUGAAAUGAUGUUCGACCUCUCAGGCCGCCUGAGUGAUGCAAGGAACAAGGAAAAUGUGUGUCCCAAGAGCCAGGAGGAUAAUGUUCCCACUUCUCCAGAACAUCUCCAGAGCCUGGAGGAAGGCACCCAAGAAAUAAGAAAGUCUCAGGCACAUACCUCUCCCCCAGUCUUGGGAGAAGGCACAAAGGCUGAGGAGAUGUCUGAAACCGAUGAGCUACAGGCUGGGAUACAACUGCUACUGGAAAUGUUCCCAACCUGCACGGUGGGGAGGGCAGAGCGAGCACUGGCCAUGGCUCGGGGGGACCUGGAAGAGGCUGUUCACAUCAUGGUAGAGGAGAAAGCAGAACCCCAAGCCUUUGGCAGCAACUCAAAGGACACGUCAAGGUUACAGGGCGUUCCCAAGAAGGAAGAAGUGAAAUCCUUCAUUCUACAAAAGUAUAUGAUGGUGGACAGCGAAGAAGAUCAGAAAACUCAUCGGCCUGUGGCCCCCAAGGAGGCUCCUAAGAAGCUGAUCCGAUACAUUGACAAUCAAGUGGUGAGUACCAAGGGUGAACGUUACAAGGACAUUCGGAAGCCAGAACCUGAAGGGAUGAAGUCCACUUACAUCAGCCUCAAACCAGCCCGGAAGUACAAGUUCCACUGAGUAUCCCCACUCUGGGGAAGUUGAGGACUGUGGGCCAGGGGAGUCUAAAGGAGUUGGGGAUAAUGGUCUGACAAGCCAAAAUAAGAUGGCUGGGUUAGUUCUGUCACCAAGGUCUUCUUGGCUAGGAGUUUAUGAAGCUUGUUCUUCCCAAGCCAAGCUUAGUUUCAAAGUCUCUUCUGAAACUCCUUCAUUUGAGUAAAGUGGCAGGAGUGAAGCAUGAGAA